AUGGCAAGCCAAUCGCAGCCCAACGGCGUCUCUACCGCCUCGGCCGGCACGUCGCAGACCGUACCGAACACGCAGGCCACGGGCUCCAACCAACCUCCCGCCUCCUCACAGCAGCCGCAAGCAUCGCAACAAUCACAACAGCAAGGCCCUUCUCAGCCCGCCUCGGCCUCGGACCCGCGCCCUCGCGAUGCCCGCCUCAUCGAGCUCCUCCUGACCUCUCAGGGCGUUACAGCGUACGAGCAGCGCGUGCCCCUUCUCCUCCUCGACUUCGCCUACCGCCACACCUCGUCUAUCCUUAGCGACGCGCUCCACCUCGCCGGUGACCCCUACGUCACGCAAGCCGGCUCCAAGCCCUCUGCCUCCUCUGGCGCGACCGCCACGGCCCCGGGCGAGGCGCCCAUCACAGCCAACGCCGUCAAGCUUGCCAUCAGCGCCCGUCUGGCCUAUCAGUUCCGCGGGGGAAGUGCUGGCGGCGGCAUCAGCAAGGAACACAUGCAGGAGCUUGCCCGCGACAGAAACAAGGUCUCGCUACCCAAGAUAGUCCCCAACGAGUGGGGUGUGCGCUUGCCCAGCGAGCGCUUCGUCCUCACGGGCACGAGCUGGGGGCUUAAAGACUUGUGGGAGGGCGACGAGGAUGCAUCCGACGACGAGGACAUGGAUGUCGACCAGCGGCGGCCACAGCAGCCGGGAGGCGAUGCAAUGGAGGGUGUCGAAGGCCCCAAUCCUGAGGACGUCGGCGGCGACGGGGUCGAAGGAGGAACGGUGGAAGACGUCUUUGGCGAUGACGUGGAUGAGGAAAUGGCCGAGGAGUGA